AUGGCGCAAGUGGCAACUGAGGUCACACGCUGCGACUGCGCACCACCACCACUGGACCAUGGCCGACAAGUAGCUCGCCUUCCGCACUGCCGCCUGCGCCUCGCCAGGAUGAACUCGCUCGAGUGGGCCUACGCGCUCGUCGGCUCCUUCAGCUCCAUGGUCUGCGGCUCCUUCAGCGCCAUCUUCACCUACAUCCUCAACGCCGUGCUCAGCGUCUACUACGCGCCGGACCCUCGCUACAUGAAAGAUUGGACCGUGAACUGA